UCUUCGUCUUGCGACGUUUCUACGUUGAACUUGUUUCGCGCACGUGAUAAUAAACAAAUCUAAAAAUUUCAACUGCAAGGAUUUCCCGUUUUCCUUGCGAUGACACUUUGUCGCAGUAUUCAAACAAAGCACGAUUCAUAAAUCUAUUUCUACGCAAUGUGUGCUUAAUUACGUCGAGAGAUAAAACUGAUAUUUGAAUAUGUAAGACGAAAAUAUUACUUACACCGCUCGGUAAUAAUGAGAUAGACAUCGCAGAUUGCGGUCGUGUGCUGUUUUCGUUUCCGAAAUGGUUACAGUAAAUGACACGCCAGAGAUUCAACGAGAUAAAUAUGGCAGGCGUUACGAAUUGCUGCCCCCCGAAGGUGGUUGGGGGUACAUGGUUGCCUUGGCCAUCACAACAUUUUUUAGCGUGACAAUUGUUCCAGUUGGAGUGUUUGGAAUGAUAUUUGGUGGAUUUCUGAAAACAAUCGGUGAUGAAACGUUUGGAACAACCAUGACCAAUGCGGUGUUUAAUUUUGUUCUCUCCGGUACUGGUCUGGUAUCAAAUCACAUGCUGCAGCACUACAGCUGCAGAAAAGUUGGACUUGCAGGAGCUGUGAUCUUUUUCAUCGGGGCUUUUGGUACUUGCUACGUCAACUCUUUGAUACAAUUGAUUAUCACCUGGGGAGUACUACAAGGUUUCGGUCUUGGUCUCAUGAUGCCGGCAUGUUUCACCUCGUUUAACGGCUACUUCAACAAGAAACAAACGUUCAUGAUGAGCGGAGCACAAACUCUUAUUGCAGUCAUAGCUAUGGGAUAUCCUUUCAUGAUAGAAAAAUUCAACGAAAGAUUCACGUGGAGAGAAACGCAAUUUGUGGUAGCCGGAUUAAGUUUACACUGCUUUGUUGCAAUGAUAUCACUGCAACCAGUGAAAUGGCACAUGAAAAAGAAAUAUUUAGAACCAAACGAAGCUGUUCUUAACAGUGGUCAUAGUCAUCUGGAAGUUCCCCAAGUGAGAAGUGGAAAUGUGACUCCUCGGAGUCUACGAGUAGGGAAUGAAAUCGAACCGCAACCUGGUGUUAAAAUUGCCGACGCCGGCAGCCACAGAAAUGCUAUCAGAUGGAUGGAGCGAGAGUUAAUAAGCAAUUAUGGGCAAAGGUGUGAACAGUUUAGGAGAUAUAGUGUGGAAUAUUAUAGAGUGUUGAAAACGGGGCCGUGGUGUUUUCAUCUGCCGACGUGUGGGCAUCGCGCAGCGCCGCCGAAUCGAAAAUGA